CUUUCAUUACUUGGGUCAGAUUUUCUCGGUCUUUGCAUGAAGUUGAACAAGUGAGUUGUUGAACGUUACGACAAGUCGUAGGCUACGAUAAAGCUUUCCCAACGACGUGCACGCACAGGAGGAAGUAGGUCGGAGCUCUUGUCCCUUGCGGAACGUUUUGAUUACAAUUGUACUGUAAGUACUUUGCGUGUUCCUGAGGAGAAAUGGCCAACAACGGAGGAAGCGAGUUCGUAAUUCGGAACAUCAAGCAGGAUGAAGUUGAAGAGACCUUCGAUAUGAUAGCCAGACUGGGAUGGAACCUGACCAAAGAGAAGUUUAAGAUGCUCUGCGAGAAAAAGCCAAACAAUUUCUAUGUCGCUGUGACUCAAGAUGGAGAAGUAGCUGCAACACUCAGCUGUACUCCGACCUUCGCCGAUGAAUACAUUUUGGGUAACGUGAUUGUCAAAGAAACCAUGCAGAAGAGAGGUCUUGGACGCAGAAUAGUUGAAGACAUCCUGGAAAUGGUUCCCCGCAAGAUCGUUCAUCUGGUUUCUCUUCCAGCAGUUAACAAGUUCUACCUCAAUCUUGGCUUCAAACUGUCGGAUCCCCAGCAAGGCCACAUAAUAAGUCACAUAGUUACCGAUGUUCAGCUUCUAGACAACAAGGUGAAGACGAUCAAGGGUGUGGCAGACGACAUUUCUAUCGCACCUUUAGAUGAAUCCAGUCUGGAGGAUCUAAUUCAGUUUGACCAUCGCCUGAGAGGUUACGAUAACAGUUUGUUUGUGUCCACUUUAGCCGUCUGUUCUAGACUACUGGUGGCCAGAAACAAGUCGCAGAACAACAAGAUUGUGGGCUAUGUGGCAGCUUUCUUAAAGAAAGACGAAAUUAUUCUUGAUGGAUUGAACGCUGAAUCUGAUGACGUUGCUGCUUUGCUAUUUAGAGAAAUUCUGAACCAGUUUCCCGGAACAGUAAAAGUCAAGUUACAGAUGUUUGAUUCCAAUCAGUUUCUCUUGCAAUUUGGCGGAGAGGCAACGACAGAAAGAUACAACCGGUUCAGUUUGGGAGGAAACCCCACCAUUGUUCCUGAAGCCACAGCCUACAAUGUGUCAGACUGUGACUUUACUCACUGAGAACAUGUCUGUGUUCAACCACUUCAAAGGCGUAUUGUGGUGGAAAAAUCACGAGGAACACCUGAAUGAUAUAGCAAACGGGUUGUCAGAUCAUUUUCAGGAUUUCAGCCAAAACUUGCAUUAAACUGCCUAUCUCGACUGUG